AUGGCGUGUUGGCGGUGUUUGGAGGUGUUGGAGGUGUUGGAGGUGUUGGCGGUGUUGGAGGUGUUGGCGGUGUUGGCGGUGUUGGAGGUGUUGGCGGUGUUGGAGGUGUUGCAGGUGUUGGAGGUGUUGGAGGUGUUGGAGGUGUUGGAGGUGUUGGAGGUGUUGGAGGUGUUGGUGGUGUUGGUGGUGUUGGAGGUGUUGAUGGUGUUGGCGGUGUUGGAGGUGUUGGAGGUGUUGGAGGUGUUGGUGGUGUUGGAGGUGUUGGUGGUGUUGGAGGUGUUGGCGGUGUUGGAGGUGUUGGUGGUGUUGGAGGUGUUGGCGGUGUUGGAGGUGUUGGCGGUGUUGGAGGUGUUGGAGGUGUUGGAGGUGUUGGAGGUGUUGGAGGUGUUGGUGGUGUUGGCGGCGUUGGCGGUGUUGGAGGUGUUGGUGGUGUUGGAGGUGUUGGAGGUGUUGGAGGUGUUGGUGGUGUUGGCGGUGUUGGCGGUGUUGGAGGAGGUGUUGGAGGUGUUGGAGGUGUUGGAGGUGUUGGAGGUGUUGGUGGUGUUGGAGGUGUUGGAGGUGUUGGUGGUGUUGGCGGUGUUGGCGGUGUUGGAGGUGUUUGGAGGACGCCCCCUGGAGGCCGCCGCGUCCGAGCCGCCAGCGCAGACGCACCAGGGAGCGGUUUGUGAAGGCGUCUCGUGGUAA